AUGUUGUGGGUAAAGAGCCAGGUUCCCGGAGGCCCUCUUAAGGGAACCUCGUGUUUUGCCAAUGCCUCAUUAUUCUGGGUUUGCAAGGCGAGCGUUGAUUUCGUAGCCUCUAACUUGGGUGUUGUGGGCCUUACCUAUGGAGAUGCACUCCCUAAGUUACCCGAUUUCCCAACUCAGGAGAAAAACAACCUCUGUACUCAGUUACUGAAGGCUCUGGAGCUGAUGAAUAAGGGAAGUUGUCUGUCGCCGGGUGGAGUUGUGGAUGUAAUUACACGACCUCAACGGUUGGGUCUGGAGAAUCCCGAAACUGGAGGGCCAGAUUCUGCCGUCAUCUCAGAUCAUCCGAUUCCUGUUGAUGUGGAUAUCAUAGAUGUUGCAACUCGUGUUGCCAUGGUGCGUUUCCUCAACUCUCCCGGAAUUCUGGCUGAUUUCACCGAACACACUCGUACUCUGCGUCUAUUCCCCCAGCCAGUUGUCACCUUCCAAUACCUCUCCUUCAUGCGAUCUCGACCAGCUAUCUACCCAUUCACUCAAAAGCUUGCCAAAACACAGGCCGUUGAAUAUUUAUCCGAAUGGUGUCUCUAUCCAGAGAAUGAGGUAUUUCAGCGUAUUCACGCUGGUAUCUUCGAUCCGCAGUUGAUUGGAGAUAAACCGAAGUGGUUCUGUUCAGAACUGGUUGCGAUUGACUUCAAAGUUUACGAUGAUAUGGAUAAAUGUCUAAUUCAUCUCGGAUGUUGCAAAAAUCGAAAUCCAUGGGCCGUGGAAAAUGUACCACUGGAACCUUGGAUUCGAGAGAAAAUAAAUAUUAAUUAUCUCCGCCAAAUCGGUGUACUUGGUCAAGCUUCGGCGGAUCACAACCAUCUUGUGGACUAUCGUGAAUUUUUCGUGGCACCAAGAAGCGUGAACGAAGCUAUAGGUUUUGCCAAGGCUAUCAGAGAACGCGCGCGUGACACAGGGAAGAACGAUAGUCGUUCACCGGUGAAUCAUAGUUCUACCCUCCAAAUUAGCGAGGAUCUUCAUGAUGACGCAUUAUCUUCAGCUGAUUCUGAAAGCGAAGGGGAUACUGAUCAAGACGAUGCGGAUAUCUGGGAUCUCAAAGAAACUAUGAAUCUGAACUCAGAAAAGCCAGAUAACCCAAUCACUAAGGAUACUCUGGAAAAUUCACCAUCAGUGGGAAGUAAUCCAGAGAAUGUUAAGCCAACGACAAAUGGAGGUGUCAAGCCCUUGACGGAAGUAAAAAUAUCUAAUUUAUUCAGAAAGGGCUCCUUUCCAUGGGGUUCUAAAGGCGAAGAUAAACCUACCGCGGAAGUUGAUCACCGGAAGGUGGAUCGAGAAGGCGAUGGUGAUGAGUAUGAAGACGGCGACAUUGGAUCACAUCUUUUGAACAACAUAUCAGGUGUCAUUUCUGGAGCUGGAACCGCUUUCUCCAAGUUAUUGACUCAACCACAGAACAUAAUCGAGAAGUCAAAGCAAUUUAUCCAAUCGCCAAAGCUUUCAAGGCUGAAGGAUUCCACGAACAAGUUGAUCACAGAAGCCAAGACAAAUAUGUCUCAGGAGGAACGGAAAUCGUUUUCAAUUUCGGGUAAGGAGAAGCGAAAGGCGUUCAACAGGCUUACUUGGACUUCAUUCGAUGAGAAGAGCUCAGAGAAGCAGGAAAUGCUGAAGCAGUUGACACAAACUAUUUGGUCAGGCGAGAAAGUGGGUCUGCGCACGAAACACGAGGUGCAAAUUCUGAUGGAGGAUGAGCGAUAUCGCAAUUACGCCCUUGUUAAACUUCUCGCUGAAUCUCACAACUUUCAUUAUGAACCAGAGUCUUCGGUGCCCAAUGUGGCUCUGCAAGACACGCCAAUAUUCCGUCAUCUCGUUUGGUUGGCAAAGGCGGUAAUUUGUGGUUACGAGAGAAAUUGGGUGAAUCGGGGCAUCCACGGAGUUGGAAGUGCUUUUCUGCUCCUUGAACUCGCACAUACCCACUUCUGGGACCAAUCUAUAGCCCUAGAGCAUGAACUCAAGGUCUCAAAACAGAGUUGUGAUUCCACUUCAAGGACACCUUGUAGGCAUUGCGUUGAUUUGAUUGAAAAUCUACCUAUUCUCACUGCGUUUGUGCUACUUUUAGCUUCGUUACUUAAAACAACAGCAACUGAAUUGAGACGCAGUAGCUUGGUUACCACAUCAACUGGCGAGGGUCUGCAGGUCCCUUUCUCCCGCCGAAGCUCUCGGGAUCAACAAUCUGAAGUUAUAAUGGUUUAA